UCAUUCGGAGAGCCAGCUGAUACUAGUGAUAGGCUAGGCACACGUCUUUUUAAAAAUUUUAAAAGACAUUUAUUAUAACUUCGAACGGAAAUAUGGAUUCAGCCAAAGUUGACGGCCAGCUCAAUUCAGCAGAUCCCAAGAAAGAGGGCACGGCGGUACAGGCGGUCACCCAGGGCUUACCCAAGUGCGUUGCUGACGCGGUUUUUGUACCGAGCGAGGAUAUGCCAGCCAAUUCCGUCCCUGUGCGUGGUUAUGACUUCAACCAGGGCAUCGACUACCACAAGCUGAUGCAGAGCUACCGGACGUCAGGAUUCCAGGCAACCAAUUUUGGCCUUGCCGUCGAGGAGAUUAACAAGAUGUUGGACAAGAAAGCAGAGCCCCUGAGCGAAGAGGAGGUUGCCCUGGGAACAGAGUUGAACCCCGUCCACCGCACCAAGACCAGCUGCACCAUCUUCCUGGGCUACACCUCCAACCUUAUAUCCUCGGGACUCCGGGAAAACUUGCGUUUCUUGGCUCAGCACAACCUGGUGGACGUCAUAGUGACCACGGCCGGUGGCAUUGAGGAGGAUUUCGUCAAGUGCCUUGCCCCGACCUUCCUCGGUGACUUCCGCUUGCCCGGCCGGCAGCUGCGGUCCAAGGGCAUCAACCGUAUCGGCAACCUCCUCGUCCCCAAUGACAACUACGGCCUCUUUGAGGACUGGAUCAUGAAGAUCUUUGAUGAGAUGCUGGAGGAGCAGAAUACUCAGGGAGUGCAUUGGACGCCAUCACGUAUGAUUGCCAGGCUAGGCAAGGAGAUCAACCACCCAGACUCUGUGUACUACUGGGCCUACAAGAACAACAUUCCGGUUUUCUGUCCAGCGAUUACUGACGGUUCCAUUGGUGAUAUGCUGUUCUUCCAUUCCUACAAGAAACCUGGUCUAGUGUUGGACAUCGUUGAGGAUAUUCGUCGGAUGAACAGCCAGGCCAUCUUUGCUGCCAACUCGGGCAUGAUCAUACUAGGAGGCGGACUGGUCAAGCACCACAUCUGCAACGCCAACUUGAUGAGGAACGGAGCCGAUUUUUCAGUCUUUGUGAAUGUUGCGAGUGAGUUUGACGGUUCUGAUUCCGGAGCUCGACCGGACGAGGCAAUUUCCUGGGGGAAAAUCAAGCCGACGGCGACCCCAGUCAAGAUCUACGGAGAGGCCACUCUGGUAGUGCCAUUGCUGAUAGCCGAGACCUUUGCCCGGCGAGUCCAACUGCCGCAUAAAACUGAGGAGAUCAUUAAAUAGAGCGGAAGCCCUUC